AUGGCGGCUUCUUACCGGCAAUGAAAGCGUCAAGCGAAGGUUGAGCAAAGUUUUACCAGAACGUCAAAGAUAUUUGCGGCUCAAUUGCUGCAAAAAUGAGUGACUGGGAGGAAGCAAGCGAAGAUUACACCAGCACUUCUGAAAAUUCCUACAUACCGCCCCGAGGGAAAGGAUGGUAUGAAAAGCCCAGCAACGAUGGAAAUUUCAGUGAAAGACGACCUGGAUUCGGCCGUGGACGAGCAAAUCGCUUCGGAAAUGCAGCAGAUAGUAGAAAUGAUACAUACAACACAGCGCAGAGGAAUGGAUUCCAAGUUGAUUCAAGUUUUCGAGGUUAUGGACGGGGAGGAGGAGGGUUUGGACGCGUAAACAGAGAUGACUCGAACUAUUCACGUGGCGGUGAGAAUCGAAGUGACAACUUUGGGAGAGGUGGUGGUGAAAACGGUUUUAGCGGGAGCUGGAGAGACAGAGGAAACAGAGAAAGUUCAGGCGGCUUUGGACGCUCACGUGGAGGUCAAGGACGCGAAAGAAACUCCACUGAGAUGAUGGUUCCCUCAGACGAAAUUCGCUUCAUAAUUGGUUAGUUGCUGUUGUUGAUUUAUUGUGAAUCUAUUAACAUGCUUCAGCUUUUAUAGUACUCCUUGUUUUGACCUUUUCAAACGCAUUUUAAAUGCGCGUUUCGGAUUUUAACUCUCCCCUUGUUUUCCUGAGCACUUUGUAACUACUCAUUUAUUUCAGAGUUGUGAAACGAAGGCACAUUUAUCCCACCCAGAUAUAGUAAACCCGGUGUAUGACAUUUGUAGGCUGCAGACCGCAGACUGCAAAAUGCAGACUGCAGACUGCCUACCGCAGACUGCAGACUGCAGACACAGACCACAGAUUGCAGAUUGUAAAUUAAAUGACACCAAAAAUCCUCCUGAUAAAGGUGACGUUUUCAAAAAUAUAAAAUCUUGUGAAAGUAGCCUUGGGAACAAGGUUGAUAUUUUUGUGCAAAGUUACAUUGGCCUCAUUCCCAAAAUGCUGUUGGCUAUAUCUUCACCGACCCUUUAUCAUCUCACCCGGUAUAUCACUAAUUGUGUUGAUUCUUUAUUCUUCUUUGAUUAUCAUGAAUUGAUAAUGACAAGUAGCAAAGCCCACUAAUGCCUGUCUAAAUAGUAGUCUUCUGUAAAAAAGAGUUUUUAGAUUGCGAGCCGCUUCGUAGGAUAGAUCAAGGACAUUUAACACCUUUUAAAUGACGUAUUUCAUCUUAGCAGUAUUUAGGGAUAUGCCAAAUAAUCGAAAACGAACAGAUCCUAUCUGGACUCGACGAAUUACCAGAAGUGCAUUUUGAAUUUCUAAAUACGCAAAUCAUUGCUCAUACUUAAGUCCUAGUACACAGGUGGGGCCCCCGUAGAAUAGGGAUUCCGGCGCUGUUUCACAGACAGACUUGUAGUUUAGUUUCGUCUGUGGUACAGGCUAAAUUGCUAGACUGUUGCUAUGGAUUCAUGAGCAAGUUUGUGACAUCGGCAGACAUUAUUCUGCUCUAAUUCAAUACCAAAAGAACAGCCAACAGCUCCUUUAGGAAUGAGGUCGGUGUAAUUUGCGUGAAAAAUAUAAACUUCGCUUCUAGGCCUUACUUUUCGCAACAAGGUAAUGAUGAUGAUGACGCCACCUUUAUUACGAUAUUUUUGGUUUCAUUCAAUUUACAGUCAUGCUGCCUCAUGCAGUCUGCAGUCUGCAGUCUGCAAAUGUCAUAAACCCCAUAUUUCCCUAGUCCUUGUGACCUGCAGGGUGACAAAAAUUCAAUCGACAAUCGGCAGCAAAAUUGUUGAGACAAUGUACUCAAAUAGGGUAACUUCAGAGAACAUAAGAAUCCACACCCGUCCCCUGUCCCCGCUAUUCAAAGUUGGGGUGUUUGUUGUUUUCGAAAGGUAGCUCAAACAGUGGCACAACCUUGUAUGGAGGGGAUCGGGGAGGAAAAGCUAUAUUUUCCCCUUUUGAAGUCAGGAAAACGUCAAAAAGCCCCUUGAGGGCAAAGUGUCUCAACUCAUUUUGUCGCCGAUUGUAGCUUUUGAUAAAAAUUAUAUGCUGGGAACCCUGGAUUUCACAGGUUCAGAGUACUGGGCUCCCUUCAAUUUUCCUGAAAGCACAGCCUUACGUAUACUGAAUGUUUAAAGCUUUUUCAGUGAUACAGCUUGGAAAGUAGGGGGUAUUCAGCAGCUACUUCUAAACAUGUUGCCAAUUAGAAGUUAACCCAGGGCAACAGGGGAACCCUGAGAUAAAAAGUACCAAGAAACUAAAAUAAUCAUUUUAUUUUGCUUUUAACUGUAUUUCACCAUCACGGUGGUUAUCAUUAGUAAAGGGGAUAAAUUACGUAAGGGUGUAUCAUAGUGGGGGUUUGACUGAACCUUAAAUAACCCGGUCACCCCAGCAAGCGGCAAGAGUGGCCUUUCAACCCAGUGUUGCCAAACUGGUGUGUUGAUGAAUGUAGUCUUGUAAUGUAGCAGUUCUUUUUGUAGAGCCUGGUUGAUUUGGAUCUUAUUCUUGUGUAAGUCAAUCGUUUGUAUGGUCAAACAGAAAUUAUUAAAAAAGGACACCAUCUGCCUCAGAGAAGUUGUUUGCCUGUAUGAUUACAGACUUAGAAUGUUACAUGUAGUUAGCCUUCAUUAGUCAUUUGCUCAUGCUCAUCUUUGCGAGAUGUCUACCUUGUAAGGUUGAUACAUUAUACCCUUGACAUAUAUGAGCAAACAACUAGAAAAAACCAUUGACUACUGUGGAAGUGACUAAGUGUGCACACCAGGGAAGAAUAUUUUUUCCCACUGCUUACCAUAAAAUAUUUUCAUUGUAAUCAUUUGCAAAAUUUCAUUUUUUUUUUAUAUUUUAUUCCCAUAUUUCCAUAUUUUUGUUUUAGGUAAAGGUGGCCAAAAAAUAAGGGAAAUGCAGGAACAAAGUGGAGCCUACAUCAAGGUGUGUAAGGAAACAUUAAUAAGAACAAUUUCAAAGUAAUUUUUGUUAUCAGAGAGUUUUGAAUAAUUAUUAGUUGGCUGAUUUUGCAUCUUUUCGUCUGGAAAGAAUCAGAGCAACAGUCCUGAAUAUAUUGCAGCAUGUCAAAAAAGAUGAAGUACAUGUAUGUGGUGAUUUUCAGAAGCUGCUGACUAUUUUUGACAAACCUGUAACAAUGAAGACUAUAGUGUCCAGGCAAGUUAGCCUGAAAAGCUAUUCAAGGUGGUAGCAGGGUACAGGAUUAAACUUAAGAAAAAGAAACUGCAAUAAACUGCUACCCUAAUGAACAAGUAUUAUUUAUGGUUUUAGGUAGAAUAAAAUACAAUAAAAUAGUUUUUGCUGUACAUGUAUGCCUGUAAUUGUUUGUGAAUACAGCCCUAGUGCUCCAAGCUGCAAUUAUUAUUAUUGUUUUGGUGGCCAUUGCAAUAUACAAUACAAUUUGAUGACUAAAAUUGCUGUAAAAGUCACCAAUUUUGCUACUAUUGUUUUGUGGCAAAGCGGCCAGUUGUGGUGUGUUUAGUAAUAACAGUAGAACCUUGGUUACUCAAACUCUGAAGGGAAAGCAAAAACAGUUCGAGUUAGCAAUGGUUUGAGUUAUCAGGAUCGAUGCAAAAUUCAAUUCAUUGUCAGUGUUAAAAAUUGAUAGUUGUUCAUUCUUCAGCAUUUUCAGCAGUGAAUAGUGUUACUGCCAUGCAAGUUUAACUUAUUUUAUCAGAAAUGGUAACAUGGUUAGGCAUUUUUUAUGAGAAAACAAGAUCUGUUUGUUGCACCAAUUAAAAUCGAAUUGCUGUAAGUGUUAACCAGUGUUAGGUUUAGUGUUUUACUGAUUAUACAACAAGAAGAGCUAAUGGAAUGGCAUCCGAGUAGAGUCACAAGAACCAGAAUCGAGUUAUCGGGGUAAUUUUCGUUGACUUUUUGAUCAAGGGAAAUGAAAUUUAGUUUUAGUUAGUGGGGAAUUUGAGUUACCGGUAUCUGAGUUCGAGUUAACUACAUAAGAAUGACUGAAAAGUGGGGUGAAAUCCAAGGGAAUUGGGCUUAGUUCAAGGUAGCAGGGAGUUUGAGUUAUCAGGGUUCUUCUGUCAUGUCAAUGGUCUUAAGAUAAUCAUUUGCGUGAAAUGUUAUUUAAACCUCUUAUGUAAUAUGGCACAAUGCAUUUUUCUUUUUCUUGCUACCAAUAUUUUUAAUGUCUAGUGACUGUUUUAUAAUUUUAGGUCUCCAAAAGGCAAAUUUGAAAAGAGUUGAGCUUGGAGUACUAAGCUGCCUCUUGUAUCUAUUGGUCUCAAAUGGAAUUCACAUGAGAACGUUUACGGCCUUCUAAAUCUCAUGAAUCUUUGUUGUAAACUAUCAACAAUUAUUAUGCAUGUAGAUACAUGAUGGACAUUAUUGUUUUGUUUUAUCAGGUGAAGAAAGACAGUGCCACAUACUCUGAAACACCAGUUGAAAUUUCUGGGAGUGAUGAUGCAAUUAAAAAAGCCAAAGAAAUGAUUGAACAAAUCAUUAGCCCUCAGUCAUCUAUAAUAAACAGCAUGGGAGGUACUUGUUAUAAAUAAAUUAUCCCUCAAACCUCGGUGUUAUUACAUUAAGUUAACACUAGGUGAAUCACUUCUCUGUAUGGAGCAGCGUGCAAAGAAAGUAGUGUCCGAUAGCCCCUGGGCUAGUGGAUUUGAUGUUGAUAUUGUUACACAAACCAUCACGGUUCCUCACAGUUGUAUGGGGCAGCUCUGCUUCAUGUUUCUUCUAUCUGGCCUGGUAUUUUGCCUGGGUCAAAGCUUCAGCCCACGAUGAUCCCAUCUUAUCGAGGUCUUCCACAAUGGUUUUCUUCCAUGUUUUUCUUGGCCUGCCUUUUUUUUCAUCUUCCUUGUGGUACCCAGACCAUAACCUAGGCCGAUUGAGGAAUUCUCUUUGUGGUCAGUCAGGAUAGAUGACCAAACUAUAGCAGCCAUUUCUUCAGUCCUCAGAAGACAAGUCAGUUUUUGCUGUUUAGUUCAGCUUCAAAUCCUUCGGUUGAAAAUUCUGUCAGUCUGAUAUUAUUUCUUGUUAGUGUUUCAGCAUAAUAUAGUUCUGAAUUUUGGAACAGUUGAACUUCUUAUUCUUGGAUAUUUGAAAUCUACAUGUAUGAAGGUUUGUUUUAUGUGCAAAUCACCGAUUUUUAUUUCAAGUGUCAUGAUUUGAUUUUCAAUUGGUUUUUUAGGUCUGUCCAUGGAAAAUGGCAAUUCAAAGGGAAGGUUGGUUUUUAUGCAGCACAUUCAUACAGAUUUUUUUAUUAUUACAUUAUUACAUCGUAAAGGUCCACACUUAGUCACCUUAUGCUGUAGUUCAUAUUCAUUCUAGUUCAAAUUUGUCACUUGCACUUUUUAAGUAUUGUUUAUUAUAUGUUGUUGUUGUUGUUUUCUAUUUUAAGCUCCCAGUCUUCGACUCCCUUUAAACCCAUUCCUUGGGCUCGACUGAAAGAGGAAAGAGCUGAAAGAGAGGCUGCUAGAUGGGCAGGUAGAGCUAAAUGUGCUGUUUUCAUGAACUUGUUCAUCCUCAUCAACUGCCUUGAUUUAUAACGGCCAGUUGUUGAAGUGGAAUUUAUAAUGUCCCGCAAAAAACCGAAAAUUUUAUAUGUAAGAAACUGAGUCCACUACACAUGUUACAGGUCAAAAUUGUAUUCAGGUUAAAAUUUUUUAACCUAGGUUGAUUCUCUAUUUCGUUUGUCUCCCAGCCCUAGUUAUUCGUGAAUUAGGGCCAGGAAAGAAACGAAAUUGAGCAUCAACCUUGGUUUAUUUUAACCUGAAUAUAAUUUUGACCUGUAACUCUUGUACUUUUAUCAAUUCUCUCAUUAUCAAAGCUCACAACUUACAUUAGCAAAGAAAACAAAGCCUGUUCAUGGUAUAAAUUAUGUUUGAUCGUAAUGUCCAGGAUUCCAUUUCCAAGCCCUAGGAUUUCAAACUGCUUGGAAAUUACUGCAUAGAAUUAAAUCAGUAUUAUUUUUUGAUAAUGCAUUGUAAUUUAAGUCUAAGUUUGACUGUGGCUGUUUACACACUUCACUGUUUCUGGAUGUCAUCCAGAUCUCCCAGCUAUCAAGAAAAUCUUCUAUAAUGAGCAUCCAUCUGUGGCAAACAUGGAGAAAGAGGAAGUAGAAAAAUUCAGGUAUUUUCAAGAAUAAAAUAAUAUUGUGCCUUCAUGGAUUGAUUUGUGUACAUUUUAUGAACUUUAAAAAGUCAAACCUGGGUGAUGAAAGAUUUACCAAAGCAUUGUUUCCUCUUAAAAGUGUUUAAAUACCAUUCAUGUACCAAUGAAUUAGGUAAAAUAGAAGGGAAGAUUUUGUAUAAAACAUUUUUACUCAUGUGACGAGCAGCUACAUGUACAUGUAUGGAAGUAUAUUGCAACAANGAUUCUCUAUUUCGUUUGUCUCCCAGCCCUAGUUAUUCGUGAAUUAGGGCCAGGAAAGAAACGAAAUUGAGCAUCAACCUUGGUUUAUUUUAACCUGAAUAUAAUUUUGACCUGUAACUCUUGUACUUUUAUCAAUUCUCUCAUUAUCAAAGCUCACAACUUACAUUAGCAAAGAAAACAAAGCCUGUUCAUGGUAUAAAUUAUGUUUGAUCGUAAUGUCCAGGAUUCCAUUUCCAAGCCCUAGGAUUUCAAACUGCUUGGAAAUUACUGCAUAGAAUUAAAUCAGUAUUAUUUUUUGAUAAUGCAUUGUAAUUUAAGUCUAAGUUUGACUGUGGCUGUUUACACACUUCACUGUUUCUGGAUGUCAUCCAGAUCUCCCAGCUAUCAAGAAAAUCUUCUAUAAUGAGCAUCCAUCUGUGGCAAACAUGGAGAAAGAGGAAGUAGAAAAAUUCAGGUAUUUUCAAGAAUAAAAUAAUAUUGUGCCUUCAUGGAUUGAUUUGUGUACAUUUUAUGAACUUUAAAAAGUCAAACCUGGGUGAUGAAAGAUUUACCAAAGCAUUGUUUCCUCUUAAAAGUGUUUAAAUACCAUUCAUGUACCAAUGAAUUAGGUAAAAUAGAAGGGAAGAUUUUGUAUAAAACAUUUUUACUCAUGUGACGAGCAGCUACAUGUACAUGUAUGGAAGUAUAUUGCAACAAGAGAAGUCCUAGCUUGCAUUUAAAAAUAAGCGGGUUAAAGGUGUGGCUAAUCGUGGUAGCUACAGUCGUUCUAUUUUACAACACAAUAAAGGCUAAAAGAAAUAUGCAUCGUUAAACAACAGCCAUUAGGAUAAUGACUCUCACAGAAAUUACACGAACGGGAUAUUUCUGCAAAAACACAUUAAUUGAUUGAUCGAUCAAUCGAUUGAUCUUUGUAUCCUAUGGGACGGAUGCCAUGAAUUAUUUUGCAUCAUUGGGGAUUUUUAUGUGUCAGGGAUGCAGGACGCAGAGGUAACAAAAUCACUGGAGGCCUUUGAGCAAUGUCUGAAGUUUGCUUUUGCUCUUUUUGUCUUGGUGUUCUUUUUGAAAUCAGUGGCCAAUCAAGUUAUCAAUUUAAAAAGUUUCCAAGCAAAAGUGGCUUCCAUAACAUUAUACAAUAUAGACCUUUUUUAAUGAAGAAACAAUGUUACCAGCAGGUAUAUUUAUCCCAGACUAAAGUCCACCAUGAGGCGUGUGUGGCUGAGUAGUUUCACAGGUGAAACUCCAGAUCUAGAGGUCCAGGUUUUCUAGCCAUGCCCUUUGCAUUGUUUCUAUAGACAAGGAACUUUACUCCACUUUGUCUCACUUUACCCAGGUGUACAUGUAUAAAUUGGUAUGGGCAACAUACUGCUGGGGGUAAUCCUGCGGGACUAACAUCCCAUCCAGGGGGGAGUAGCAAUACUCCUAGGCAUUCUUCAUGCUAAGGAAACUGGGAUAAGCUCUGGCUGUUUGGGCCUUUGGCUUGUAUAUGCCGUUACCUUUACCUUUUUUGUGACAGUCCACCAUGAAUUGCAUACCCAGAGGAAAUUAUUUGUUUAUAAUUUUAUUAAAAUAAUUUUAAUCUUUUUUAAAGGUUUGACAACAAUAAAAUCACUGUUGAAAACUAUGGAGAAUCUGUACAAGACCGCCAAAUUCCAAACCCCAUUAGGACAUUCGGUGAAGCAUUUGCUGAUUAUCGUAAGUAAACCAGCGUUGAGGUAAAAUGCAAGUCUAUCUCAGUGAUUGUUGUUGUUGCUUUGAUUGUGUAAGAGUUGUUGUCAUUGCAACAACCACUUAAUUGUUUUCAGUAAUUCUAGCAAUCUUGUGAAAACUAGCCUUAAUGUUUUUUUCUCCCAAAACUGUUCUAAUAAAUUUGAGCUUGCUAAGCAUUUAAUUUUCUGCUGGGGCAUUUGCAGCUGAGGUAAUGGAUGAGAUCAGUAAACAAGGAUUUGAACGACCAUCACCCAUUCAGGUACAGUAUGAAACACAUAGAAACUAGUACACGCCUGCUUUUUUACUUUCUUUUGUAUUUGAAACUUGUUGAGUGUUACAAAGGAACCCUUAAUGUGCCAACAAGCUGGAAAAAUCAUACAGCAAAAUGUUCCUUGCCUUUAACAAACUAUAACUGCAGCAAAAAAUGACUUUCAUGAUACAGAGUUGUUUGAAAUAAUUUAAUAGGGGUUCAUGGUGUUAAGGUUCCACUCUACCAGUGUAGGAAUCACAUUGUACUUCAAUUGUAUGAAAAAAGCAGCUAAAAAAAAAAGUACGUAAUCAUUUUGUUGAUUAAACCUGAUGUGAAUUGCCUCACAAAUUCCCAUCUCAAGCCAGUGUACUUGAACUACAGAUCUAUAGUGUUUGGGGCUGGCUGAGAUUUCAUAUUUGAUCAUCUGAAAUAAUCAGGUUAACCAAAACAAUUGAUCAUUGAUUAUAAUCAGAAAAAUCUCUGUAUAACAAUUCCAGUAAAUCAUAGUUAAUUGAGUGGAAUGGUUAUGAAACCCGUCAGACUCCUUUGUUAUAUGUUUUUGUGGACCUGAAAGUGCACAACGUUCAAAAGAAUUCCUAUCAUUUUGAUUGUAUUGACCAAUAAAAACGUUGCAUUAAUUUAUUCCGUAACAAUUUGCCAACAGAAAACAAAGGAUUGUGCACUUUCAGGGUGCUUCCACAUAAAAUGCAGCACUGUUGUUUUUAUCAUUGAUGUUUGCCGCUUUUCAUAACCAGUCUCCUCUAAUAACUAUGAUUAAAUGAAGAUUUUAUUUAAAAACAAUAUAUUGUUCUUUUGUGAACCACUUUAAUAAAGGACACUUAUUUUGUGUGGUGUUUUAUAUCAGGACAAAAAUCAUAUGAAAUGUUUCAGAAAAGGGACGUCAAUAGAUUAUAACUGCAUCAUGAGCUCAUAAAAUGACAGCAAUUUACAAGUUUAAGUAAUUUUAUUUGUCGAAUAUAGCUUGUGAUGUCCAAUUUAACACAUCUUCAAUACUCAAUUAUCACUUUGCUUAAAGUUUUAAAUCAAUGAUCAAUAAAAUUGUAAUAAUUAUCGAUGAUCAGCGCACCACUUACUUGAACUGUAUCUGAAGAGAUGUACUAACCUGGGGCUUCAAUAACCGACAAAUGUUUAAUUUUGAGAUGCUAUCGUCAAAUUGGGUAUAUUUUGGCAAACAAAGCAAUCUGCACCUCUCUUGGGUCAUUUGUUGUUUUCUAAAAAUACAGUUGUAGUUUGAACUAAGGCACAACCUAGUCAAGUGGGGGUGGCAUGGGCUAGGCAAAGCUUCAUUUUUUACUUAUGACGUAGAUAUUGGUGGCAAAACGUGAGGAAUGUCCUUGGGGGCUAAGUUUCUUCCACUAAUACUACUAAUACUACAUUUGUAAAUUACUUUGUGGCCAAUUUUUUGUAAUGAUUACAAAUUUACUGUCCAUGUGUAUGCCAUUAUAUUUAUCUUCUGUUGUCACAAGUUCCCAAAAUAAAAUAAAAAAAUCCAUAACAUCAAGUAGAUUCAGUGCCAUCUUUUUUCUCUCCAAUAAAGGCUCAAGCUUGAGUUGAAAGCUCAAUAUUUUGUUUGCUACAGUAGCAUGGAGAUUUUAAGUUUGGUUUCAAACUUAGGGGUUCUGUGGUAUUUUUCAUGUACUUCCAGUGCCAGUCCUGGCCCAUAGUUAUGUCUGGAAUGGAUCUGAUUGGGAUUGCACAGGUGAGAAAUAGUACGGUCAAACCCCGCCUUACAGCCACCUCGGUAAUACGGUCACCUCGUUAUUACGGCCACUUUUUUUUGGCCACAUGGCAAAAACCGCCUUACAUUAUCUUGUAAAAAGACCCUUGUUAAUAAGACCACCCCGUUAAUACAGCCAAAUUUUUUGGGCCCAUUGGAGACUGUAUUAAUGAGAUUCCACCGUAAAAUGAUACACCACUGUGUUUGUAAGCCAGUUUUACAAAGAGUCAGCAGCAUCAGGGUUGUCCAAAAGAUUUUGAGUUGUGGGAAACUCAGAAAAAGUAGGUGGCUCUGAAGAAUGGAUCCUUCCUCCCCCCCACAGGCAAGGGGUCCAUGGUAACUGUUGAACAAGCUCUUCCUAUGUGAAAACGAAAUAAUCGGCAUGUCAUGAGCAUGGGACAAAGAAAAAAUUUGAGUCCCGUACAGGAUUCGAACCUAUGACCUCCCAAACACCAGGCGGGCACUCCAUCCACUUGAGCUACAGAGAAUUCAUGGAGAGCGAGGCCAUAUACUAGGCUGAUAUUUGACAUGUGUCCUGCAUACUGCUAGGAUCAGCAAUGUUGAUGUCCUAGAUUUUGUAAAUAAAAGCAAUAUUUCUGAUACUGAACAGAAUUCAGACCAUAAAUAAGACAGUAAGAGAAAUGCCUCCACUGUGUUCUCUGUUCCUUCAAUGAUAAUAUUUUUUAAUAAGUUCAGUUUUAAGCUUUAGUGAUACCCCAUGUAAUCAUUUACCCACUUAACUUAUUUUUUUCCUUUUCUUUCUGUUGUAUUUUUGAUAUAAGUAUGUAAUAAACUGUACUGUUUGACAAGUUGUUGGUAAAGUUUUUCUUUUCUUUAAAAAGGAGCUGUUGUACAACUUUUGUUCCAUUUUUUAUCAGACAGGUACAGGAAAAACGUUAGCUUUUCUCCUUCCUGCUUUCCUGCACAUCGAUGGACAAGAAACGUAAAUAUACUAAUAUGCUCCUUUGUAACUUACAUGUAAAUGGCUGUACAAGCCUGAGUUUGACGUCAGUGACUCAAAACAGUCUGACCAGUGCAGAAAAUUAAUAAUAUUUUGACUUGUAUUUUAAGUGCCUGUAAUCAAUGAAUAUCACAAUUUGUUAAGAUGUUUUUGCGUUUUGUAGUUCUGUAAUGGUUUUAAGUAUUUUGCGGUUUUUUGUAUUCAUUAUUUAAGUGUGAAAAAUUAAUAAAAAUUGUUAAAUUACAAAAAAUUAUUAUUAUUAAUUUUUGACACUAAACAUCUACCACAGUGUAUUUAUCAGCAUAUUAUUUUUAGUGCAAUUUACCAUAAGUGAUUUCUGAUAGACUGACAAAUUUUCCUUCCAAUUUCCCACCUAAAAGUGACCCUUGGUCUAAUACCACAUACUGGGGAACUUAAAGUUCUGACUCCACACACCCCUUCAUUAUUGAUGGUACUACCUUAACUUUACACCUAGUUUAAAAAGAUUGAUCCAGUUACAUUGUCAUAUCUCCAACACAAGAACUGGCUUUGCAGUUAAUUGAGUCUGAAGAAGAGAAGUUCCAUUUCCAAGGCAUUACACUCACUGUGCGUCGGUCCACUGGGGUGUUUAAAGGGGUACUGAAAAAAUUUAAUGCUCUGGGCUGUGAUGGACUGACAUCCCCUCCAAGGGGAAUAGAAAUAUUCCUAGUCACUUCAUUCUUUGGAAGCCAGGUUAAGCUCUGGCCUGAUAAACCACUUGGCACAAGACGUGAACUUAUCUUUUUCUUGAACUAUAGACCUCGUGACAAAAGGGGUGGUCCAACUGUCUUGGUCUUGUCUCCGACACGAGAACUGGCUUUGCAAAUUGAGGCUGAAGUUAAGAAGUUUCAUUACCGAGGCAUUAAAAGGUAAGUACACUUGUGCUGGAAAACUGUGAAAUAUAGAAAUAAUAAUGAAAUGACUGAGUAUUAUUAUUAUACCCAGUCAUUUCAUGCAAUCUAAGUGAAAGUCAGUCUCUUCUGCCCUACUCUAUCACUAUCUGGCUCAUAACUAAUUAUAAGUGAGGGCUUGUAUGCCCAAAAUUCUAUGACCACGUCUAUUGCAUGUGAAGUUUACUGUUUUUAAUGUCCUUUUUUCCUUCAUUGUUUUAGCGUUUGUGUGUAUGGGGGUGCAAGCCGCAAGAACCAAAUACAGGUGGUACAGAAAGGAGUGGAAAUUGUCAUAGGUACUUACAUGUGUGUUGACGACUAAUAUCUGCGGUAAAAAUACAGUGUUCUUCCCAGGAUCUUUACUUGGGUACCCCCAGGGUCCCUUCUAAAAAAUAGGGGCCCUAGAGGAAACUAAAGGGCAAAACUUAUCUGCAUUCAGGUGUACAUCAACAAAAACCAUGAGAAAGGAAUAACAAGAGCCCACACUCUGGACAGUACUCUAAGUAUAAUUUUUAUAUGAUCCUAUGACAGUUAAUUUGUGAUUCAGUGCCACUGCACUGCCUUCAAAGGUAUAGCUUAUGAUAAUAAUCAAUAAUUUUUGUACAUGUAUGCCCUGCUUUGUGUUGAGUAAACAGCAAAAUUGUUUCCUUGCUGGGCUGUCACUAAAAAUUCAGUUUGCUGGGUUAAUGUUAUUAGUCGGCAGGGAAUUCAACAGCAAGAAAGUUCUUUUGGUUCUCUAUUCAGUGUCUACAUGUUUUCCAUAUGUGGCCUUUUUUAGGAAAACACACACUAACGAUAAUCCGUUAUCUGUUAGAAAACUUACGGACAGUUAACAGAUAGUUAAUAACGGCUUUUCUAAUGCUCUAACGCUUACGGUUUGCCCAAAUGCUCAAACAAUUAAUUUAUUAUUGUCAACCUCAUUCAGUAGGGGACCAGUAGGAAAGAACCCUGGGGAUGAGAUUGAAAAAUAAUUAUAACAGUAAUAAAUACACUUUAUUUGAGUGUCAAUGUUCAGCCUGUAUGUAGCACCAAAGUGCUUAUUGCAGACACUAUUUUCACGUCCCCCACUGGAGAUGGGAUUGUCAUUUUACAUAGUCAUCCAAGCUAUGCAAAGCUCUAUAGGUUUGCAGAGCCCCCAAGACCCCAAGCACUGGUCCGGCCCCGUGAAUGGAACCUAUUACCUCCCACUCUAUAGUCAAGCGCUCACCGAACUGCACUAAUCCUGCCGCAGUAAAUAAUUAAUAAUAUUUCGUUAAUUUUGUCUCUUCUUUUGUCAGCUACUCCUGGAAGAUUAAAUGAUCUGCUCAUGAAUGAAAUUAUGGACGUCAGAAGUGUGACAUAUUUGGUAAGAAUCAGGCUCAGCCGUUCUUUUUAGGCUUUUAUUUAAAUCAUAUUUCUCUCUCCAUAUAGUCUUUUGUUAAUUUACUGACCUGUGCAUCCAUAGGUUCUUGAUGAGGCAGAUAGGAUGCUUGAUAUGGGAUUCGAGCCAGAAAUCAAGAAAAUCCUUCUUGAUAUCAGACCUGACAGGCAGACAAUAAUGACCAGGUAGGUAAAAAGUAUAUGUUUUUCAAGGGCUUCAUUUUUAAAGCAAAUACAGUGUAUGUGGGUUGUAGCCUUAGUUAGAGACAGAGUGACAGAAAUGCAAAUAACUCCAGACAAAGACAAACUGCUGCUAUUGUGGUUCAUGAGUGCUGUCAAAGGUUGUAUUAUUCAGACUUCUAUUACAAAUGCCAUAUUACUUUGUUUUAUUUUGGUUACAGUGCAACAUGGCCUAAAGGAGUUCAAAGAAUGGCUGAUCAGUACUUAAAAAACCCAGUCAGAGUAUUUGUAGGGUCUCUGGACUUAAAUGUAAGUACACAUAAAAUAUGUAGUGUUUUGACUUGCCCUGAGGGAAACGGUAUUUUGUCUUUCAAGAAUCUGUCUCAGGAAACAUUGAGAUUCAAGGGAAACAAAAAUAAUUAUUUACUACCAGGGCUAUCACUAAGAUUUCGAGCUGCCAGGUAAAUGCAAUUGGUAGGCAGGAAAUUGAAAAGCUUGGAAGUAUUUUUUUGAUUUUGUUUUAAGACAAUAGCGAGGGGAAAUCCCUAGCCCCCCCAGUGCUUGGUGGCAACCGUGUGCUACAGUCUAGUUUCUCCAGGAACCAAUCAUUGAGUGAUAAAGCCAUAAAAAGCUUUUAUGUGUUCAAAUAUAUCACAGUGAGUGGUCAACAUUUGUGGGCAAUAACUUCUACUGUUACAUUGUACCCUCUGACAUCAUAGAUUUUGCAAUGCUGCCUGCUACAGUGUUAGAAACGUUUGGCAGAAAACAGUAAUUAUACUGUUUUAUUGUUAGAUGUUGUGAACUCAUAUCAACCAAUGUGACCAUGUGCAGUUGCGGGAAAGCUUCGGCCAUACUACAAAUUGGAUUGUUUUGUACAGUUUGUUGAUUCCAUUGUACAGUGUAGCCUUUGCUUUGUAAGUACCUAGAUCAAGAUAAUGCAAAGUUUAUCUCGACAGGCUUGUCACAAUGUCACUCAGCAUGUGGAAGUAUUGGAUCCCGCUGACAAAAAAGAAAGGGUAAGUGUGUUCAUCACUGUUGCAAGGAGAAAAAGACAAGGCCCAUGCCUUAACAUAACUGGUCUUUAUGGUGUAGGUCAAAAUUUUUUAACCUAGUUUGAUUUUCAAUUUUCUUUGUCUGAUAGCACUGAUUCAUGAAUAGUUAGGGCAAAGAGACAAAGAAAAUUGAGAAUCAACCUUGGUAAAAAAUUUUAACCUUAUUUUAAUUUUGACCUGUAAAACACAGCCAGCAGGAUCUUGCCAUUUUUUUUUAAAGGCAUUGGGGCCCACUUCUUGAAAUUCCCGAUAAUUACUGGGCCUGGAAAUGUGUUGCUGUUGACAUUCAAGAUAGAGAUCUCAAUAAUUUUGCAGAUAACAUGAUAAAAAUUAUGGCCUGGUUUGUUAGCUAGGGUCCACGCUCUUAUUCUUUGGAUUUCAGUUGAUUUGAAUGUUUGAUUUCGGGCCCAAAAAGUUACCCGGUGAUAAACAGGCCCCCUGGUUGAACUUAUGACCUCAUGCCUAACAAACAGGUACUCUACUCUUCUCUACUCUAGUCUUCAAACCAUGUGGGUGGCAGUUUUCUUUUGUAAGAUUCCAAGAGAUUUUAUGCUUUGCUGAACUUCUGUUUGUCUACAUGACCAUGACCACAUGCCUUUCUUAAAACCCUGUUAACUGUUGCAUGUUAUAAAGGAGUUCGUAUAAUAUUUUCCUUCCUCAGACUCUUGAUUUUAUUGCUUCCAUGAGUGAACAAGACAAAGUCCUAAUUUUCGUUGGCAAGAAAGUCAAGUAAGAAAAUUAUUAUUGUUAAGACAAUGUAGUUUUUGACAGUUACUGAAACAGCCUUUCGUUGUUUUGUUUCUUCAAUUUUGUUAACAUGGUAACUAUGCAGACUCUCAUUGCAUUUGACAUUAGUAAAGUUAUGGGAAAGAGUGGGGGUAGGGGGGGGCGGGGCUGGGGUCAGGGAAUUUUCGCGCCGCAUGAAUUUUUUCGUUAGCAUUUUCCUUGUAAGAAUUCUUUUAGGCCAGUGCAUGAAUAUUUUUUCGGGUUACUUGGCGUGCAAGAAUUUUUUUCCAUUUAAUUUUCUCUUGCACAAAUAUUUUUGUACUUGCCCCCCGCCCUCCCCAUAAGUUUUCUAAUGGUCCGUCUCUUAUCUUUCGUAGAGCUGAUGACAUUGCAAGUGACUUCAUGUUGGCUGGAAUUCGAGGUGUGCAAUGCAUACAUGGAGACAGGUUAGUGCGAGGUUACCAUAACCCUCUAAGCCUUAAUAUCCAAAUACGAAUUCUCCACACUGAGCUUCAUACAUUUCUUUAAAGAAUUAGUUGAGAGAAUUUGUUAAAAGAUCAAUGCAGCCAGGCCGUUCAUCUUCAAAGUAAACCAUUUUUUUUUUCAAAGGUUUUCACUAAAACCCCAUCCUUUCCGUGCAUUGUUUUUAGAACUGGGCAAAUCAGGUUGGACAGUUGUGAUUAGUUGUAACACUCAUAAUGAAUGGUGUGGUCUUAGCGGCCAGUUCUCCAAGGGUGCUUACAUGUGCCAUUUGCAUAAACCACCCCUUCCAGGGUUCGUACAGUCUUGAAAAGUCCUUGAAUUUUAGGGGAAGGCCUUAAAAAGUCCUUCAAUUCCAUUUUUCCUCGAAAAGUCCGUAAAUUUCUAUGCAAGUCCUUGAAUUUUCUUCAACUUUGAAUGUAGUGGCCUGGAAAGAAUUUUUUGAUGCUUUUUGGUUCUUCAAGACAGAAUAUUAAUCAUAGCUCAGAGAAUUUAAACUUAAUUUACAUGAAGUACUCAUCGUUUUAUGCAAUAAUUAAGUAUCAGUUAAAGCCUAGUGAACUGAAAAAUGUAGAGAAGUUGGUGAAGCAAACAGUUUAAGGCUUAGUCUUAUUAGAAUAGACUGGGAAUGUGCAUGUGUGGGAAUGUGCAAAUCAGCUGAACAGGCUGAAAAGAGUAGAAAAAUUGCAUCGCCGCAAAUCACAGCCCAUAUUUUUUCUGAAGCCUCCCAAAUGGAAUGGUACGAAACAUGUGACUUUCCAACCGGAAUUUCCGGUUUUCCCAUGUAAAUGGUACGACCCUCCUCGAUUUGAUUAAAAGUUUUCUUUUCCGGGUGCCGUUUCGAAUUUUCGUGGUUUUUUAGCCGGCAAAGAUAAAAAAUUUCCCCAAGUGCGACCCAUGCCUAAGUAACCGAGGGUUUCAGAUAUUAGGAACUUGGUGAAAGUAAACCUAACCAAGGAAAAAUAAGACGCGCGCGAUCUAGAGAAGGGGAUGGUGGCGGGAAAAAUAGGAUUCUUUCCGCCCUCCACCGCCCUCUCUCUUUCCCCAGCCCCCGCGCGUUUUUUGCAUCACUUAUUAUUAUCUACUGUCGCGACUAAUGGUUAGCCUGUUCACAGACCCUCGAAUUUUCUGUUCAAAUAAAAACCCCGGGGGAUUUAUUGACCGCUAGCGCAAGGGGGUAGACUCCCGAUGUUUUCGGGUUUUCUUAAAGACCGAAUAACGAAAUGAAGAAUAUAACGUGUGUGUGUACAGGCUAACUAAAGGUAAGCUCCGUUAGUCUAUAUCUGACAUUGCAGAAGUGCUUGUUAUUCAUGGAAAUAUGGACCUCCUGCUGGGAGUACUCCAUAUUUUUCUUCCCAGCCGACUGGGUCACUGACUGAAAAAAAAAACAUCUCUUUCAGGUAUUCACCAGGCUCAAAAUUCGACAUCACAUUCCUAUCAUUGACCUCCAAGUUAUCCACUUAUUUGUUGCUCGCUACUCUGGCCAAGUGGAAAUUUAUCUCGGUUUUUUUCAAAUGCGUUGUCACUGUCUUUAAUUGUUUCUUCAGAGAGCAGUAUGAUCGUGAGCAAGCUCUAGACGAUUUCAAAACCGGCAAGGCCAAAAUCCUCAUAGCAACAGACGUAGCUUCAAGGGGAUUGGACAUUCGUGGUGUCACGUGAGUUAUCUUUCUCUCCAGUAUUAAGGUCCUUUUGGUGAUGGUAUUUUCUCCUAAGAACAGCUAACUAUUGGAAUUAGCUUGUUUAGUAUGCAGUAUUGGCUGACUUUGAAAGUCAUACAGUGUAUACCGUAAGAAAAUUUACGACAUACCUUUUUGGUGAUUAUUUCUCAUUAUGUAUAUAAUAAAUCCAUUAUUAAGCCUCCGAGGUGCUUAUUUAUUUCAACUACGUUGUAAGGGGGAUGGGGCUCUUUAGCGAAGAUUAUGAUACAUGUAAUUCUCCAUAAAAACUACUGUAGCCUUCAGUAGCUCAGUGGUUAGAGCAUCCAAUUUAGUACUCGGCGGGUCGUGAGUUCGAUUCUCACCCAGAGCCCGGAUUUUUUCUUAGCUUUCUGGUGUUAGCCGGAUUCUCCUUCUUCCAAGUUAUGAAACUUAUAAGGAUUAGCUAUUCGGCAGUACACCCACUAAUAUAUUUACUUGUUAUUUCUCUCUAGGUGUGUUCUUAACUUUGACUUUCCUCGCAGUAUAGAAGACUACGUACAUCGAAUUGGCCGCACAGGAAGGGCCGGGUAAGUUCAGGCUCGGAUCCACACCGGUUUCCACCGUUUUACGAAAAUCGGUCAGAUUUUUCAGAAAUUAGUCCAUUUUCCAUGGCCAAUAUCCUGUCUGAAUGACCCGGAAACCUAGGAAAGGUGACUUUGGGGAGUUGAAAUCAACAAAAUUUCACUGGGGUGCAUCGCCCCGGACCUGUCUAGAAGCUUGCGCCCUCGAACCUCGUUUAAGAAAUCGGUCAGUAUUUAUCCUACAUUCGCGCCUGAAGUUCUUCAUUUAUAUCCUGCACAGACUUGUAUGGACUGUAAACUUACUUUAGAUGGUCUGUUAUCUUGCAGUAAAAAGGGAACAUCGCUUACGUUUGUGACGAGAGAUGACUGGAGACAGGCUCAUAAACUGAUCAACAUUAUGGUUGAAGCUAAUCAGGUAACGGACAUAUUUUCAAGGCAUAGAUAAACACUAGGCCACUGAUAUAUCUCUAUCCAGCGGAUAACGCGUUUGCUUUCCAUAAUACUUAUCCACUGGAUAGUGAUGUAUCCGGUGGAUAGCGCUAUCCAUUGUUUGAACAACCAGGGGCCAUAUUUUGUACACUUGGGGCCUGUUUACAUGGAGGUGGGGGACCCCGGCUAGGUAAAGGUAACCCGAUUAGGUGGGGUAACCCGCCUGUCCAUAAAACCUCUCAUUUUAAUGUGGUCACGUUUACAUGUUAGGUGGGGUGAGCCGCCACAUGUUACCUCACCUACGUGGGGUCCCCCACCUUCAUGUAAACAGACCCUUAAUGUAAGUUCGAUUAUUUUCAAAACGUAACACUUUUGAUGGGCAAAGUGAUGGCGUACUUUAAAAUAAACUCCUUUGCUACUUACGUGUUUACUGUGGCCACUUCCUUCUGACAAAAGCCUUCUCAAUUUUAACUCCGCAUAGCAGGUUGGAAGGGAAAUUUAAAUAUUUUUUACUGUAUAUACGUGACGUCGUUUUGAGUACUUACAAAUAAAUACAACGGACAGAACAUCCGCUAGUACCAAUUUUAUUUUACUGUUGAGCAAACACAAAUUCAAAGAAGUUACAUGUAGGCACAAGACUCCAACUCUAAUUACUAGUUUUGCCUGAGAAAAUGUACCAGACAGGAACCUUUUGUGGUUGAUUUUACUUCUCAUGAAACCCCAAAGAAUAUCAAACCACGUUAAGGCAGAUUAUGAAAGAAUAUUACAGUUUCCUCCUUAAGCAGCUAAAACAAGGUAGUAGAAAAAAAAAUACCCCUUACUGUCGUUCAUUAACGCCGUUCAUCGCUGUUGGUUUAAAGGUAGUACCUGAUGAAUUAGCAGACAUGGCGCAGCGCUACGAAGAGUUCCGUGAGAGAAACGGCUACAAUAAUGAAGGAGGAGGGAGGGGAGGUAGAGGAGGAGGUAUGGAUGUAUUUGUUUUGUUGAGUGCAUGUGUCCUACUCCUCCCCAGUGGUCUCUCUUACUUUAUACGUCAGGGGGAGGGAGGGUAGAGAGACUAGCAAGGUAACCUAACACGGAGAGGAUGACGCGCUUCUCUUUGUUAACAUUUAAACCUAAAGACAUUUUAAAUCCGACUGAUGUCGAGACACAUUUUGAUAAUUUUUAUUGGAGUACUAUUAAGGUUCAAGUUUGGUUCAUAGCAGCGGAAAACUGUUUCUUUCCCUUCUGUUUACAUCGUUGUGAAAGUUCGAGAACUUUAAAAGUAAUACUUUGGAGAGUAGUUGUGGUAAACAUGAGGUGCUAGGGGGCACUUGGCUUGAGAUCAGUGGCCUUAAGGGUGGUUAGUGUGGUCUCUUCCAUUCUGAUUCCCGAGACAAGGAGCUGUGUUUCAGCUGUCUUCUCGAGUUAUCGUGGAACGUUCUUCGUUUUGUCUUGUACUUCAGUGGACAAGGUAAUUUGUUUCUUGAUCCAAACCCUUAAACUUUCGUCAUUAUUUCUUCCCGAGACAAGGAGCUGUGUUUCAGCUGUCUUCUCGAGUUAUCGUGGAACGUUCUUCGUUUUGUCUUGUACUUCAGUGGACAAGGUAAUUUGUUUCUUGAUCCAAACCCUUAAACUUUCGUCAUUAUUUCUUCUUUGGAGUUCUUGUGCUCCAAUUCUCGCCGUCGGGGUAUUUUUCUCUCCCGUGCUCUUCUCAAAACGACGUUUACAUAUUCACUGAGCUUUUAGCACCCGUUAUCAUCACAAAAGAUUCUUUCGACAUUGCCGACUCUAGCACUUAUAGUAUACCUGGCAGGUAUAACCUAGUACAGUUUCACCAAUUAGCUUAGCUCGCCUUGAGUCUCUCCGUGGCGUAGUGUCUAGAGCGCCCAACAUGUUAGCUCAUUGAUUCAAACCCUGAUGCAUGACAUGAAUCAGCGUAAUUUUCAUCCUUUUCACUCUUGUCAUUGCUCUUCGUUUUGCAGGCGGCGGUGGCGGCGGUUGUUAUAACUGUGGUGGCAGCGGCCAUUUUGCUCGGGAAUGUCCCGAGGGUGGGGGUGACAGGCGAGGUGGGGGAGGAGGAGGAAGAGGAGGACGCGGCGGUCGAAGAGAUCGUGAUAACUUUGGGUCUGAUAUGGGAUAUGGAUUUUGGUGA